GCAAUGGACAACUUCCGCUCUCUGUUCCUGCUCACGCAUUUGUUCGGCUUCAACGUCCGCUCAUUCCGUCAAUCCGGUUUCCAAAUCACCAGUCCCGGACUGUCCCGAUCGGGAACGGUCCUGUUCCUGGCCAACGCAUCAACCUACCUCUACUUUGCAUCCCAAAACAAGGCCCUCGCCAAAGAUUCAAACUACUUAAUCACCGGAUCGGAACUGUUGGACGUCGGGGGACACCUGAUGCUGCAAACCAGCUACGUUACGAUGUUCAUUGCCUUGGUAGGACGAGCUGCUAGACAACGGCAGAUGGGAACAAUCCUGAACCAGUUUGUCCAGGUUGAUCGAAAAAUACGCACGGAGUUGGGAGUUGCGGUUGAUUAUGACCGGGAGUGGAGACUGGUUUUGGGAAUCUUUGGAAUAUUUUUGACAGUUAUUUUGAUUGCUGUUGGAUUCGGAGUGUACUGUCUGUAUCUGUUGAACAAUCUUGCAGAUGGAAUGAUCUUCUACGGUGGACAGAUCUACGUUAGUAUCAGUGGGCUUGUCCUGGCCUACAAUACCUUUAUCAUGAUCUUUCUGCUUCAUCGGAGAGUCUGCUUGGUGCAACGAUGCCUAAAGUAUUCUAAAUAACAACAAAUCUCAAAGAUGACUAAAAUACUUGUACUUCU